AAUUUCAAUUGAUUCGAGAUGGUGUUCACGUACGAUCCGGAAUUCACCCAGCAAGUGGAGCACAUCCACCAGGUCAUCCGCGAGCAGAUCGGAGACGAGGCCCUAAAAGGGCCAUUGUGGUACUGCGGCCUCUCCGAGGGCCAAUUGGCCGCCGCGAAUGGCCUGAAGCGCGCCUUGGGCGACGAUAUUUUACAGUGUAGCACGCAUCGGUCACAGCGUCUGCUGGCCAAAUUGGGCAUAGUGCCGCGGCCGCCGCCGAGCGGACUGAAUCGACUGCUGCAGAUGAGCCGCGGCAACGACGUGGCCUUUCUGUGGUUCCUCAUGGAGAUGUACUACAAGACGACGAACCAUGGCGUCAUCUAUGAGCUGAACGAGCGCAUAAUCAUGUCCGCCAUCUUCUGGCUGGACCUCUUUCCCACUCUGAGUGAACUGGAACGCGUGCUGCCGCUGCCGCAUGAGUCGGUGGCUAUACGAUUGAAGCAGGACCAGGUGAAGGUGGGUCGCUUCAAGUCGAGCCAAACGAAGCUCAUGAACGAUCUGAAUAAGGAACUAGCCAAGAUCCAGUCAAAAUCAAGGCACGUCCAGUCGCCCUAUUUCGAGAAGAUCUUUUUGCCUAUUCCUCGACAGCGGCGACAUUUCGUCCAUCGGCCGAAGCAGCCGAUUCCCUUGCCCACAGCCGAGCCGCAAUUGAUACAUCAGUCGCUCAAGUCCCGUUGGUUUGCCAAAUACACCUUCAAUCAUUCGGAACGCAUCGCCAGAUCGGUGCUAAAUGAAGAAGUUCAAAAGAUUCUGUGCACGCUGAGAUCGAAAAAGCGUCCGAAUGCUGAUUUGACUUCCCUGUGCGGACACCACAAGUUCAUCAGCCAAAUGGAGGAGUCGCUACGCGAUAAUCUGGCUAAGAUCAAACGAGAGCUUUCCACGCGAUUCUUGGAUGUGGACUUGAAGAGGCGAGAGAAUACUCGUCGGCGCGUUCUGGAAGAUCUGGAUCGCAUGUCGGAGCGCUAUCUGGCCCAGUUUCGUGAGAUGACUAAGAAGGAGCGAGUCGCAGCUAUCAGGAAACGCUUAAUUAUGGAUCCAUGUGAUCCAGGAUUCAUUUACCUCAGCAAAGACGAUAUUGACAGGAUGGAAGAUGAUAAUGUGUGUAGGAUUGUUGAUUCCUGCCUAGGCCUUCACUUGCCAGACAAAUGCGUACCACCCACAGUCAUAGACAAUACUCCUAAUGACCUUGAACUCAAAAGUGUACGGGAAUGCCCAUGUGCUCAAAGCUCCGAUGAGACACGGCCACGAGACUCAGAGCUGCGAUGGAGUGACACUGGCGUUGAGAGCGAGAAGGUUCAGACCCAGGAACGCUCUCGACGCCAGUGUUGCUCUGACAGCAAAUAUUUUCAGCUGAGCCAGGAUGCCUGGUUCCACAAGUUCAACUAUCAGAAGCUCUUUGACGCCAUCAAUGGCGAGGAGAAGGACGAGCAGGAGCAACGAAUAAAGUCGGCGGUCAUCAAGGCGCUCAAGGACGAUGCUGAUGAGCCAGAAGAGGAGGAUCGCAAUUGCGAGGUAGACGCACUGGUGGAUCGCUUGGCCAAACGCCGUUUCAAAGAGGGUACCGAGCUCUUCGACAAAGAGUAUCAAAAGGCGCGCUCGAAUUCUCACAAAAGCGACACGGGUGAUCGAAUCGACCUGGGAUACACCUAUUACGAUGCCGACGACUUGGAUCUGAUGCAGGAUCUGCUGCGCAAGGGCCUGGACCGGGUGGCCCAUGAUCAACGCUUCGUUUUGCCCACGCUGCCGGAGGUGCACCACGUGCCGCUGCUGCUCGAGUGGAUCCGAGCGCGCUACGGCAAGCGAUACUCCCAAGUGGAGUGCCGGCGCAAAUACAACCAGGCCAAAAUUGUCAUGAAAAACGUGAUGCACAUGCUGAACAAUAACUUUAUGCAGAUGAAGCGCCUGCGGACCCUGGUGCAGAACGGAAAGGCCGCGGCCUUUCCCGCCCACAACGCCAAUCGCGAGAUACUGAAGAAGCACUGGAACAGCUACUUGAAACUAUUCCAUUUGUCCUUUUUGGAGUUGGGUCGUAUAUUCUACUCCGCCAUGGACGCCCAUCAGAAUACGCCGACAAAUAAAAUAUAUUUCACGUAUAUGCCCUCGCAGUUCAGAGACGCGUAGUGCGGCAACAUGAUGUGAGACUGGGAUACAAUGUAACAAAAUUAAAGGGUAUUCACUGUCUGGCAAUAAAACGAUCUAGCUCUC